UGUUUGAAUCGCAGCAGAUAAGUGUUUUUAAAUUAGAAGAGAAGACAGCCAUAGGGGCAUCGUAUUUCUAGAAUAUCCUAGCAGGGGAAAGUAGGGGGCAGCAGAAUAUUUGUUUUCCUUACCAUUAAACGCUUACGUCAGCGUUCUGUCAGCAAUAAUUUAAUGUUUUUCCUUGGGUAUUCAUGCUAUAGUAACAUGUUUGAAAAGGUUUAUAAUAAAAGCCGGGCUAGUGAGGCCAGGACUGUCCUGACGCCAAAGGCAAUAAGUCAAAGUAACCCACUGACCACGCCCAACAAAGCAGCUACGCUUUUUUUGUCUGGGCCUGAUAACGUAAUUCUUGGUACCCAGGGCGCGAGUCGAACAAAAUUGUAAACAAAUACAAAGAACACCGGCUGAUGGUGUACGAAAGGUCAGUAUUUGGUUCUAUGGACAUCAAGAAAAUGACUGAGGGAACGGAGAUUAUUGAAUCAGAUUCCACAGCUGAAAAGACAUCCAGCAGAGUGGAUCAAGCCUGUCAAUUUAAUGGUUUUAUUGAAUCACAUCAAUCACAUGAUGCAUACACUUCAACUUCAAGUCCAGAGAUUGAUACACAUCGUCAUAAUGGAUCCGCAAUAAAGGAUGAAGACGAUUAUCAUUCAAGUCAGAUAAUUUACCCAAGAAACUACGAACCUCCGCAAAGCGACCCCGAGAAGUGUAUACAUUGUAUCGCCGCUGCUGCAGCUCGAAGAGCAGCCACACAUCACCACUAUUCACCACCAUCGCCACCCCGCCAACAAUAUGUUUCUACAGCCUCGCCACCUCAUGUAUUUCAGUCUGGUGGACUUCCCUCCAUGGUGCAUUGUGAAAUCAGGCCAAGAAUGUAUGUAUCGUAUGCUGGAGAGGAAAGAAAGUCUACAGUUUCCCGUACAUAUAUGUCUUCAUCAUAUUCUCCUCCACGUGACUCUUCGCCGGGUCCAACAAUGGCUGAUAGCAGGUCUGUGUAUGGUAAUCGUUCACCCAACCAAGCUAUCAUCGUGCAGCCUCAGUUUUCCGGGAGCUCGCAGUUACCAACGACAACUAAUAGCAUUGAUACGCGAUCUCCCACUAGUCCUCGCAAUUCCAAACGCAGAAGUCAUCAUUGCAUGUUUAAGGGCUGCAACAAAGUUUAUACGAAAUCUUCACACUUAAAAGCACAUAUGCGCACCCAUACCGGAGAGAAACCUUACAAAUGUUCAUGGGAAGGCUGCACGUGGAAGUUUGCAAGGUCAGACGAACUAACUAGACAUUUUCGUAAACACACUGGAAUGCGUCCGUUCAAAUGUACUAAGUGUGACCGCUCCUUCUCGCGGUCUGACCAUUUGUCGUUGCAUAUGAAACGUCACAUCAGUGAAAGUAGCAAACCUGUUACAAACGUCUCUUAUUCCUGAGAAGAAAAUGACAGUAGAAAACAAUUUGUUGGCGCUCAAGCAAGAUAGACAUCAGUGUCUGACGCAUUUCACUGACGUUGAUUACCACAAGAAUUUAAGUGUAUCCGGGUGUAACAUAGUUGCUCCGGUCGCUACGCGAGCUCAAAGUGACAACGAGAACAAUAGCAUUAUAUCCGCUCCGCUAUAUUAGCUGGCUGUUAUCUAUCAUACAAUAUAUGUAUAUAUAUAUACCUACCGACAACCGUUACUUAACGAGAUCCUUCUUUCGUAUUCGUGUUUAAAAACGUUUUUUAAAUUUUUGUAAAUUAAGUUUUGACUUGCAGGUCGAGUGUGUCUGUGUAUAUAAUUUGUGUCGUGGUAAUCUUCUGUAAAUAUAAGCAAAGGUAGAUUAAGUAACAUUAGGACUAGAGUGAUAUGCAUAUCGUUCAUCUCCCUUAACUAAUGCUUAUUAUGGUAAUUUAUCUCCAUAAUAGCGAAUAACAAUAAAACGUAGAAUGCAGAUUACUUAUUAUUUUCCCAAUUUUUAAGAUACAAAAAAAUAAUUUUUUCCGAUCGUACUAUUUGAUAUAAUUUUUCAAUCGUAGAAUGGCUUAUAUUUUACUUAUUAUGUUGUAUUUAUUUAUUUCUUAUCGUUUCUAAAUUUUAUAAUCGAGUUAACAAAAUUAAUUGUAAAUAUUAUAAUAGUAAAGAAAAUUAUGGAUCUGCUAAUCACCGCGAAAAUUAUGGAUGUGCUAAAUACUGCAAAAAUUAUCUUAAAGUGUCAUGUUAAAAAAAGGUUGAAAAUACUUGGAAUUAUGGUACCUCCUGGGUCAGAAUAAAGUCGCAAAAAAUUUCUCAAAUUUUUUUUGUCCCAGAAGAUACAUCAUAAAUAACAGGACUAGCCUAAUUGCUUUUUGACAGUAGAUGACGUUGUUUGACCAUCGGUUGAAAUCGAGCAAUGAAUCGCGAAGAUGUAGAAGAAUCUUAAACGGUUUAGGGAGCUGCAAAAUUUCUGUAGUCGUUGUACAGAGAUCUUUUGUUGACUUUUGAUACGUGGCAUGCGCAAAAGAAGUUAUAAGAAAAUUUCUUUUUACACCAACCAUAUCAAAAUGAAUACAGGUAGGUAAUAAUAUCGGAGCAGUUUGGUAUUAUUGGUAGUCAUUAGUAUGGAUUUUUUACUAAGGCGCUUAUUUAAAUAUGGGACUUUGUGAAAAAAGCGUAAAAAAUUCUGCCCUCUGAGGGGUGCGCUCGUUAAAAUGUCUUAAUGUCUCAGAAAAAAUGUACUGAAAUGUGGAGCACAAGUUAAGGCGUGGAGCUUCUCUCGAAGUGGGAGCAACGGUAAAGUGUGAUAGUUAGUGGAAAGACUGUUACGAAAAAAAAACAGUCCGGACGCCCACUGGAUCAUCACCACCCGAGUCAAGUUUUUUAAAGAAAUAAAUAUUGGGACGAAGUUGGCAUCUUUUUAUCGUCUUUGCUUUUGGGUUGUUCGGUUUUUCAAACGGUCUUUGCGGGAAAUACAAAAACAAAAUCAAAGACCACUUGAGAGGAAUAGAAAGCGGGGGCAUUUAACACUCUCACAGGUUUUUUGUCGAGUUUUUUUAGGGAAGAAGGUAAAUAAUUAACGAAUGCAUGCCAUGCUGCUCUAUAUGUUUUGUAUGGUGUUGAUUUGCAUGGCUUUUAGCCAGCCUCGCCAUCCAUGAUAUUGAUGGUAAUGAUGUGAGAUAUAUCUAGCUAGCUAGUUUGGUUUAGGCCAAGGUAAAUUAUAUCACAGUUUUCGGUCCACCUAGCUAGACAUAUUCAAAAACACAUGCAGGAACUCUUUAUUAUUCAUUUGUUAAUUAUAUUGCCAACCAAAAGUUGUGCAACCAGGACAGCUUCUACUGUCAUCUAAGUACGUUUAAGCUCAGGGCCUGUAUUUAUUAAUCCAGUUCAAGUGCAUUUUACAAAUUCAGACCCUUCUGCAAACUGUGUUAGCUCAAAUCCUAUAUCGAUGAUUUUGCUAAGGAAAAAAAUUUGUAGCUAGCAACAGGAAAUUAUUUGCCUCUCAUACUCUGUGCAGGAGACCGGAGUUCAAUUCCUCUUGACAACGAUUCAACAUGAGCAAGUGAUUGUUACCAUAGCCCCGGGUUAACCCAAGCCAUGUCAGGGAAAUUGGGGAGAUGGCACACUGUGUGGGCCGUUGGAUGUUGCCGGGAGUUGUCUAGUAGAGUGCAGGCCCUAAUUGGAUUUGCAUAGCUCAAAAAGAGCGUUAAAUACUCCAGGACUGCCCAUCUAAGCCAUGGCCCCUCCUGGAAGUAAUAGACAGGGUAUAUCCCUUGAUAUUUGUGAGGCUAGCCAUGUAAAAUAUGCACAUCUCUCUAUGAAAAUGACUGAUAAACUUUUGAAAUCUUUGUAAAUAAUAAACAAUAAAAUGUAAAUAAUAAGAAAUAAUAAACUUAUUCAUGAGGGGUCUCAAGCAUAUUGGGGCUGUUUGUGAGAAACUGAUAUAAUUCUGUCGACCUUAGGGUCAUGUUUUGAAUGGCUAAACUAUAGACAAUUUUCAUCAUGACACAUGUUGUUUAUAAUCCCUAGACCUCUUACGCAAAUCAACAGGCAAAAUAAUGCAGGUAGUAAGUCAUGGACCAUUCCAUCAAAAAUUUAUUUUCAGUUAGAGGCAUCUUUUGAUUUUGAAAUUAGAAUAUGGCUCGCAUGUAGCUUAGAUUAAGAUCAUAUAUCAGUGAAAAGAUGCUAGUAGCGACAGUACAAAAGUUUUUCAUCAUAAUUUGACUUUCUUCACCUAAGGUGUGCAUGUUUUGUUGCCUGUCAAUAUUUCUAAUUUUUUCAGCACAUGCUCAAUAAUCCUUUAAAAAAACUAAACAUUGUUUUGAACUGCAUUAACAAUGACAUGACAACAAUGAGAGGCGAAUAGAAAACUUUGCCUGAAUUAUUGCCUCAAAUUUUACAUAACUAACUGCUAUGGCUACAGUGUUUAGAGUGACUCAAUUGAUUUAAAGUAUAUGAUCGUUCAUUGCGCUUAGCAGAUUAUGUCUGCUAAAGGCGUGGCUGUGGAGGUGAGGUUGUUAAAGCUAUUCAAAAACUGUUCUCAACUAGUUUUAAAAAACAACAACAAUAUGCUCAUAAAUUAGAGGCAGUGAUCUCGCACUGAGAAAAAUUCUUGAAGUCAUUUUUUCUUAUAAUUGUUGUAGUUUUAUUGUUUAUACUUUUAAACUUGAUACAAAGUAGAAACUAGUUGAUACAGUUGCAAUAGUUUAGUUAUUCACGAAACUGGCAUUCAUGGAAAUGUAUAUAUGUUAUAUUUUUGCUACUUUUUGCGCAUAUCGAAAUACAUGUCUGUAAUUUGUGUACAGGUUAUCAAUUAAUACGUUGACUCUUCAGACUAACGUAUAUAUCGUUUUUUCAUAAAGUGAUAUAUCCCAAGGGAAAGUUAGCUUUGGUGUACCGGUGUAAAUGAUCAAAAAAAUUGUACAUUUUAAGCCUGUUUUUUUCUGAAUUUUACUCCAAAGUCUGAACAAAUCAGGAUACCACCUUUGUGCAUGGCCUUGACGUAUAAAAAUGGUUUUCAUAGUCCCUCCCACUUUCUGCGCUGGGGUUCAAUGGUCUUGUUUCUGUCAAAAUGUUGGUGCUAUAGCUUCACUAUUUGUAACAGUUCCAAUGGUGUAAGCUGCUUAUUCGGGUUGGCUAGAAUUUCUCGGGCGUAGGUGACUGAUGUAAAAUGCAAACUGUACGGCAGAACAAUCUAGGACUAAUAUGAGCAUCACAUAGACUUCUUCGAAACAAAGUGAAUUUUGGUGGUUCCAUUAAGUAUCUUAAAUUAAGUAGCAAACUUUAAAACAGGAUUGGUGUUAUGUUUGUUUACAAUAUUUUGCAAUAAUUUUAUACCAUACUUUUACAUUGUAAACACCAUUCGCAGCUACGCAGAACAUAAAAUAAAGAAAAUUCAAACAUUUGCACAUGAAAAAUACGGUAACUGAUUCAAGGAUAAACCUUAAUUGUUCUGAACUAAUUCUUCUUCCAUAUCUCUUCUUUAUAAUAAAACUAAAUCAUUCUCAUUCAUCAUUCUCAUCAUCAUUCUCAUCAUCAUUCUCAUCAUCAUUCUCAUCAUCAUUCUCAUCAUCAUUCUCAUCAUCAUUCUCAUCAUCAUUCUCAUCAUCAUCAUUCUCAUCAUCAUCAUCAUCAUCAUCGUCAUCACCAUCAUUCUCAUUCUCAUCAUCAUCAUCAUCAUCAUCAUCAUCAUCAUCAUCAUCAUCAUCAUCAUCAUCAUUAUCAUCAUCAUCAUCAUCAUUAUCAUCAUCACUCUCAGCUUAACGUCCGUUUUCCAUGCUAGCAUGGGUUGGACGGGGUAUAUUAAUGACCCUCUUCCAAUCUGAUCUAGCCUGUGUUAGAUCUAAACUCACCUUCCUCUGUAUCAAGUCUGUCCUUAUAACCACCUGCCAAGUCUUUCUCGGUCUGCCUCUGGGCUUUGCCCCAGAAACCAUCAAGUCUCUUCACUUUCUUAACCAAUUAUCGCCCUCCAUUCUUUCCAAGUGCCCCAGCCAAUUCAAUCUUAUUUGGAUAACAUCUUUAAUUCUACGGAUACUUAGCCUGCUUCUUAGCUCAUCUGAACUAUUUCUGUCUCUCAGACUGGCGUUACACAUCCACCUAACCAUUCUCAUAUCAUUCCUUUCUAAACGGUCAAGAUCUUCCUGCUUCACUGCCCAUGUCUCACUACCGUACAACAUAACACUUCUUACACAGGCCUCAUACAACCUACCUUUUAACUUAAUUGACAAGACUCUGCUAGUCAACAAAGGAAAUAACUCUCUGAACUUUUUCCAAGCAGAACCUAUCCUGCAAGUAACACUUCUUCCAACACCCCUCUUCACUGCCCAACAUAUCGCCUAAGUAACAGAAGUUACAUAGUUAUUAUAUACUGAAGAUACAAACUCCUCUUUUAUUUUUUCACUUUGUUAUUGAAACGGUAUUUCUUCUUUUUGUAACUUUGUGUUCUGACGUUUUUAGGAUUGUGCAGUCAAUCUGAUCUAAGAGUACCGGUUAUAGAUAUCUGUUAUACAUGUCUUUCUUGCUGAUGUAAAUUCUAUAACGGAAACAGAGGUUUAUCAAUUAUUGGUAUACAGAUGAUAACCUUUAGUAUCUUAGGUCUUUUUGAAUGACUUUAGACUAGCAUGACAUAUAUAAUGUUAC